AUGUCAAAUAUCACACCUAUAAUUAAUCAUAAGAAAUCAUCAACUAAAAAGAUUGAAAAAUAAAUCUUCAAGUUUAUCAAACACAUUUUCAAAGAGCACGUUUAAAAGGUGGACUAAUUAGACAGAAAAAGCUUGGAUAUCAAGAUGUUGAUUAUUUACUACACACUGAUGAUUUUGGAAUUACCUCAUUUGAGCUACUUUAUGAUAAUGGAAAUAAAAUAGAAUUUGAAGCAAGACUUCUUUUAGAGCAAUAAGAUUAAGAUCAAUUUACUUUAUUUGCUUGACCAGAUAUCAGAAAAGGAUCUUUAGGAUAGCAAGGACUAACAGGCUCAUUUAAUCUAGAUGGUGAAAAUUAAUGAAUUAAAUCAAAAGCUCUAAAAUAAGAUUGAAAUUACUACAAAUGCAAUUUAGUAAUUUUGGUAGAAUUUGUAUCAAGAAAAAAGUUAAAUAAAUAUUUACCUUGAAGGUUCUAAAAUUUCACAGCAUAUAGAAGGAAUAAAAGUAACCUAUGAUGAUAUAAAGGAGGCUUCUAAAGACGUCUAGGAAAUAAAGUUUUACAUUUACAUGGCUUCUUUUUUCAAAUAUUUAAACAAUAAAGAGACUUAGCAAUAAACAAUAUGA